AUGGACGCCCUCAUGGCACGGCUAUUUGACCCGCAGAAGCGAGAUAGCGCCAUCCUGGACCUUCUUUCUUCUCUAUCCAAGGACCCACCGGAGGAAGGGAUGACUCCAGAGGAUAUUUGGCGUGUUCCGGGGCUGUCGCUCAUUAUAAUUGGUUUGAUUGCUCAAUCCUAUCGCAGCAUGGAGCGAGUAGGCGAUGCAGCAGAGUGCCUUCCACAGCUUCAAUCUCUUUUGGAUUUACUAGUUAUCUUAUCGUCGUCUAAGGCCGUUGCAGAGUCUUUCAUGGAUUCCAGCCUCGUUGUUGCACUUUUUCCGUACUUCCAUCUUCCACACACACCUUUGUCGGUGCAGGGGUCCGUGCUGCUGAUCUGUGCCAAUAUUGCUCAACUUGAGCGCGGCCCCAGCUACCUUAUUGAGGCAGAAAUUUUGCCCCUCAUCUUGCCGUUGCUGGCUGGGAAAAGCUCUGAGGGGGUUUAUGAAUGCUGCUGUGUGCUGCUUCACUCUCUUGUUUCAGCUGUAGCCGAUAAUCCCUCUGAAUUUUCAAAGAUACUGCCGCCCGACAAGCUUACUGCAUUGACAAAGUUACUUAUAGAGGUUGCUACACGGAUACGAUCCGAAGACGGCAAAGAUUGGCUGGUUCCUCGCAGCUCCGUUCGUCCGCUUAUGCUCACCAUUGCGGCUCUUAAGGGCCUUACUAAAAUGAGGCAUUCCCCAGAUGUUCUUGACCGCUUGAGGAGGCUCUCCGGAUCAAUUAGAGAUCUGGAUGUGGACAUUUCUAAUGCCCUCAAGAUAAUCCUUUCCAGUGAAUAA